AUGAUGAAGCGACAAGAAUUGGAGACCGUAGCAGAGCGACGUACCACUAUCCUCACAUGGGUGGGCCUAGGCCUGAUGUCUGUGCAGUUUGGUAUCCUGGCUCGUCUCACUUGGUGAGAAUACUCGUGGGAUAUCAUGGAGCCUGUCACAUACUUCGUUACGUAUGGCACAGCAAUGGCUGCAUAUGCAUACUAUGUUCUAACAAAGCAGGAGUAUGUUCUGCCAGAUGUGAAGGAUCGCCAGCACUUGAUCAUCCUGCAUAAACGUGCCCGAAAAGUUGGUCUCGACUUGGAUCGCUACAACGAAUUGAAAGACAGUAUCUCGCGAAUAGAAGCAGACAUCCAGAGGUUACGUGACCCCCUCCAACUGCACCUGCCGCCCAGCCAUCAGCCAACUGACCAGUCUAGGUCACCAUUUCAACAAGCACAGAAGUGGCUGCAGUAUCUCCUGAACAAAACCAAAAUGGCUUCAUAAUGCUGAAACCUGUUGGCUAGAUCACCUCAUUCAUCUUCCAAUAGCCUAAUCCCAUAACCAACCAAAGUACCAUAAAGCACUAAGCACUCACUUACGGAGGUAAUUUUUUGUGCUUAGGAUAGGUACAGGUAAUUUUUGUCAUGGGAAAGUUGGCUUUGGUUAGAAGAAGGUGGGAAAAAGCCACCUUUGUUUCAUAGUGUUCAUUUUCCUUUAGAGUAAAGUAUUCUGCUUGAUUCAA